GUCUGUCGAUUAUUAUGACCAAAGAAAACCACUGGUCGUAACUUAUCAUCACAAAACUAUAUAAAUUCAACUUCAUUUCCAUUGCACAAUCCCAUCUCCUUACAUCGCCAACCGGCUAACCAGACCGGAGCUCGGACUGCUCAGCCGAUGGCGUUUUAGGAGCCACAUUCAACCAUUUUUCCAAGUUCUUGGAAAGAUCGGAACGAUAAUCUUUUGAUUUCGUCGUUUUGGUCUUAGAAACAUGGAUUUUCUUGGAUCCAUUGUGUUCUUAUGUCUUUUCUCCAUGACUUUCGCUCAACAAAGCAUGGAUAUCGAUCAUCUUGAUCCCGACCUCCUUCCAAGACCUUUGAUCAUUGAAUUCUCUGAAUCCCGGCUCAAGAACAUGAGCGAUGACAUUGCGAUGCAUUGCACGAGUUGGAGGGUUGCGGUUGAAGCAAACAAUUUGGGUCCAUGGAAAACGAUUCCGGAUGAAUGUGCGGAUUAUGUGAAAGAUUAUAUGUUGGGUCGGUCUUAUAAUGUUGAUCUUGAAAAGGUUUCACAUGAGUCUGGAAUUUAUGCCAAGAGCCUGGAAUUGGGAGCAGAUGGAAUGGAUGCUUGGGUUUUCGACAUCGAUGAAACCUUGAUCUCGAAUCUUCCGUAUUACUCUGAUCAUGGUUACGGGUUGGAACUUUUCAACAAUGUUCAAUUCGACAAAUGGAUUCUCGAAGGAGUGGCACCAGCGAUCAAACCCAGUUUGAAGCUAUAUGAAGAGGUUUUAAGUCUUGGUUUUAAGAUCAUCUUGUUGACUGGGCGAAACGAAAACAAAAGGAACAUUACUGUUUCAAAUCUAAAGCAUGCAGGAUAUCAGAAAUGGGAUAAACUCGUUUUAAGAGGUGAACACGAGCGUGAAAAAUCGGCAAGUGCAUUUAAGUCGGAUAAAAGGAAAGAGAUAAUGGAGGAGGGAUUUCGAAUUCUAGGAAACUCUGGAGACCAGUGGAGCGAUUUAACAGGCACUUCAACGGCUAGCAGAUCGUUUAAGCUUUCAAACCCUAUGUAUCAUAUACCUUGAUUGGUUAACAUAGUUCAUUGUCACAAAAUUUGUUUAAUACCCUUUGUACAUGUAAUUUUGUUCUCUACAAGCAUUGUUUUUUUUUUU